AUGGCUGCUGCUGAGGCCGAACUCGAGGGUGGGGGCCUCGCUCGGACAUUCAAGGACUUGGGUUCCGGCGCUGCUGGAGGUGUUGCACAGGUCUUGCUAGUCUUGAUUGAAGACAUUGUCAAGGUUCGACUGCAAACCACCACACAGUACUCCGGUGCAUAUGACUGUGCUAGCAAGAUCUACAAGAGCGAGGGUCCAUUAGCAUUCUACAAGGGAACUUUGACGCCCCUACUAGGUAUUGGUGCUUGCGUCUCCGUCCAAUUCGGCGCCUUCCACUGGGCCCGUCGUGCCUUCGAAACCCACAAUGCGUCUACCUCACCCCUCAUCUCGCCUACGCUCUCGUACGGCCAGUACUACGCUGCCGGUGCCUUUGCCGGUGUGGCCAAUUCCGUCAUCUCUGGCCCGAUAGAGCACGUGCGUAUCCGCCUACAAACCCAACCCCACGGAGCCGCGCGUCUCUACAGCGGCCCUCUCGACUGCGUCCGUAAGCUUUCCGCGCACGAGGGCGUCUUGCGUGGUCUCUACCGUGGUGAAGCCGUCACUAUCAUUCGUGAAGCGCAGGCCUAUGGCUUCUGGUUCCUGACGUUCGAGUACCUGAUGAACGCGGAUGCAAAGCGGAACUCAAUCAAGCGUGAAGAGAUCAGCACACCUAAGGUGGCGCUGUACGGUGGUCUAGCUGGAGAGAUGCUCUGGAUUGCGAGUUAUCCUUUCGAUGUUGUCAAGAGCAAGAUGCAGAGUGACGGGUUCGGGUCUGGGAUGAAGUUCAAGAGCAUGCGGGAUUGCUUUGGGCAGACGUGGGCGCAAGAGGGGAUGAGGGGUUUCUGGAAGGGAAUCGGGCCUACGUUGUUGAGGGCUAUGCCUGUCAGCGCGGGGACAUUUGCUGUGUAA